AUGUAAUCUCAAGAUGAAUACAUCAGUUUGCCAAAAGUCAAAUCUAACAAAAUCGAUAAUUAGGAAAUAGAUUUGCAUUGGAAGAAUCUUACAGUAACAAUUAAAAUGGUAGAAUUCUUAUAUAUAUAAUUACAGAAGGAAUAAUCAAGGAGACCAAAAGUGACAGAUCCUUUACUAGGAUUAAAUAAUGAAAAAACAAUUCUCAACAAUGUCUCAGGAUAUGCAAAAGCUGGUCAAAUGACUGCAAUUAUGGGACCAUCCGGUGCUGGGAAGACAACUUUGGUCGCAUUAUUGAGCAAAAGAUAUAAACCUGGACCAAACACUACUAUCAGUGGAGAAGUCUUAGCAAACAACAAUAAAUACAAAAGAUUCAAUGAUUUUGGUGCUUUUGUGAUCUAGGAUGAUUUGUUGAUGGCAACAAUGACUGUAAAAGGUAUUUAAUUUUUGAUGAUGUCAGAAACGUUGAUGUUUGCAGCCAAUAUGAGAUUGAAAGAUGAUUUAGCAUAAAGAAUGUCUAGAGUUGAUUAGAUAAUCAAAGAUUUGAAUUUGAGAGCCUGUUAAAAUACUUUGGUGGGAGAUAACAUCAUCAAAGGCAUUUCUGGAGGAGAGAAGAAAAGAACUUCCAUCGGUAUGGAAUUAAUUGGCGAUCCACCUGUUUUAAUCCUAGAUGAACCAACUUCAGGCUUAGAUUCCUUUACUGCAUUUAUUUGUAUGAAUAUUCUCAAGAAGAUCACAAUUAAUCAAAAAAGGACAGUAAUUUUUACAAUACAUCAACCAAGUCUAGAUAUAUGUCAAUUAUUUGAUCGCAUGAUUAUUUUAAAUAAUGGUUAAACAAUCUAUCAAGGAAAUUAUGGUUUUCUAUUGGAUUAUUGUAGACAAAUUAAUUUGAAUGUAGAUAUCCAUUCAACUCCUUUAGAUUCCAUAAUGAAUAAUCUUAAUGAAGCCUUUAAUUAAGGAGAUAAUAAAGUCACUCAUGCAAAUUACAAAAUAUAUCUAGAAGAAGAUGUCCUGAAAUUCCAUUCUUAAUAUCAAGGUUAUCAUAAAAGAAGAACUUAAACAUCAUUCUGUCAAGAAAUGAAAUUUCUCAUGAAAAGAUAAUUCAUUAAUUAUGUCAGAAGUCCUAAUUUACUAAGAAGUAAAAUAUUUGGAUCAGUCUUCAUGUUGUUAUUCUUGGGAUGGCUAUUUUGGAUGGUGGGAAAAGAUCAACCUCCCCAAGAUGAAAAUGUAAGCAUUGAUGACCUAAGCAAAUACUUAAACAACAUGAGAGGAGCUUGUUUUGUUUGUGGAACUUCAGCAAUAUUCUCUGCCCUAGGACCAUUGUUAAUGUUAUUCCCCAUUGAAAGAAACAUUUUCUUAAAAGAAGAGAACUCUAAGAUGUAUCGAGUCUCUUCCUACUUCUUGAGUAAGGUUAUGUUAGAAGUACCCAUGAAUGUUUUUAUUUAAAUCUUAUUCUCAAUAGCAUUAUAUGCUGCUUUUGGAUUUAUUUGGGAACUUGAAAACGUUAUACUCUUUACUGUUAUAAGUGUUUCCGUAUCUUUAAGUGGCAACGGAUUAGGAAUAUUUACUGGAUGUUUAUUUAAAGAUGCCAAACAAUCUGCUUCCUUAGGUCCAAUACUCUUGAUUCCACUUUAAGUAUUUAGUGGACAGUAUGCCAACUUGGCUUCUAUUCCUAAAUUUAUAAGCUGGGUCCAAUACAUCUCACCAUUUAAAUAUUUCUUAGAAGGAUUCGGUAGAACAUAAUUAAAUGAUGCCAUGUUUCAUUUGGAUCCUUCAGGAGUUGAAUUAUCUCCAUGGACAUACUAUGGAAUGGAUUUUGGAAUGUGGAAUUGUGCCAUAGUUUUAAUAUCUAUUGCUGUUAUGUUUCAUGUAUUUGGUGGUAUCUUUUUAAAACUCUUAGUCAAUAAAAUUAAUGUUUGA